GCAUUUUUUGUAUUCAUUCAAAAGAACUUUCGUUUCUUUCUACAGACCAAACACUCUCUACAUAAACUUUCCCUUACGAGCAAUUGCAAGCAUCCAACCAGAAUUUCUGUUGUUUUUGAAGUAUUCGAUACAUUCACUUUCGAAUCCCUCUGUACCUGAUAUUCAAUCUAAAUUCUCGGCAUAGAGAGCAUUCACAACUUAUCCACAUCUCAGAGCAUAGAAAGUAGUCUCAAGCUCGCAUUCGUCUCUAUGUUGUCUCACGCGCGCUUCGUCUCCUCCUGCCGCCAAGCAUCUUCUCUUCUUAAACACAAACCCAACUUAACCACCCAUAAAUCCUCUCUUGUCAACCAUAACCCCAAGUUCGCAAUUCGCACCCUCACAACACAAGCUAAAUCAUUCAACAUGUCUUCCAUGAAUGCCAUGAACCCAAAGGAAGAAGGCGAUAUCUCUUCUGUCUUCGUCUCACUCUCUGGCGCCAAGCCUACACCACUCCCGGAGCGAUUUGCUGAUAUCAAGCGCAAUCUUAUCCGCGGCCACGAGGAGGCCGUUCAAGCAUCUUUCACUCGCCUUAUUGAGCAACUUGCGGUCGAAAAUCGGAAAGUCGCGGAGUCGGGCCCGAAGAUUAUCCCGAGUGUGACUUUUAAGGAUGUUCUUGAGAAGAACGUAAGUGACGAGCUAUUGAAGGAUAUGAGAGAUAAGGGUGCACUUGUUAUUAAAGGUGUCCUGAAUGAGACAACUGCCAGACGUUAUAAGGAGGAGGUCGAAGAUUAUGUGAAGUUGAACCCCAGUACUAAAGCAACAGGUUUCCCAGCCAAUGAUCCACAAGUCUACGAGCUCUACUGGUCACCACCACAAGUCAAAGCUCGUGGUCAUCCAAACAUGAUCAUUGCCCAAAAGUUCCUCCUCAGCCUCUGGCACUCCGCCGACCCUAACUCACCAAUUUCAUCUUCUCAACCAGUCACCUACGCUGACCGUGUCCGCAUCCGUCAACCCGGUGAUGCCAUCUUUGCUCUCGGUCCUCACGCCGAUGGUGGAUCCGUAGAACGCUGGGAACCCAAUGGCUACGGAAUCAACGGAGUAUAUGACACAAUUUUCCAAGGAAAGUGGGAAGAAUUUGAUCCUUUCGAGUCUUCAUCACGUGUCCCUGCUGUUAGCGAUCUCUAUUACGGCGGAGGAAGCUGCUCCAUGUUCCGCAUGUUCCAAGCCUGGCUCAGCAUGUCCCACACUGCGCCUGGAGAAGGCACAUUGAAGGUCAAUCCACUUAUCAAGCUUACCACUGCUUACUUCUUGCUCCGACCUUUCUUUGAGCCUAUUAAAGAAUUGCCGGAGGGAAAGGAGGAUGAAUAUACUGCGGAAUAUCUCAGUCCCGAGAACUGGAAAUUGAUUCCAACUGAUCAGAUGACUACUGCUCUUCAUGGUGCUACCCCAAGUCACGGACAGGAGAUGACCGAAAAGCUUCAUCCACAUCUGGAUCUAAAGAACACUAUGGUUCAUAUUCCAAAGAUUAAUCCAGGUGACUACGUUGCUUGGCACUGCGAUAUGAUCCACGCCGUAGACAAAAAUCAUGCUGGUAAAUUCGACAGUUCCGUCCUUUAUAUUCCCGCCUGCCCUCUCACCCCCAUCAAUGCCGAAGCACUUGCCCGUCAACGCGAUACCUUCCUCUCCGGCGUCCCAGGUCCAGAUUUCCCAGGUGGAAAGGGCGAGAGUGAGCAUAUUGGUCGACCAGGUCUCGAAGAAGUUGAGUCUUGGACUGGUGAAGAGGGAUUGAGAGCUAUGGGCUUAAGUAAAUUCGUUGUUGAAAGUGAGAAGGGAGCUGGUGUUGAAAAGGCUGUCGAGAUUGGAAAUAAAUAUUUGGGAUUUUAGAGGAAUGUGAAUGGGCUAUUGAUCGUAUGACGAAGACUGGAUAGGAGGGGAUGGGAUAAUGAUCUUGUGACAGUGGUCUCAAGUUGCAAUGGUGAGUUAUUUAUGGUGAAUCCGGGAUGAAACGGCGUUAGAUUUGCUUUUGCACAUCUAAAUUUGAGAUUUCUUUCCCUACAUUGCGAGAAUGAUAUUUCAAAUCGGGAAUUCACUCAUUUUACUAUCGGGAAGGAAGAUUGCAUUUUAGCAAAGCUCAAUGGUAGGAAACAUUUAGCAGUGGCUAGCAAAAGUUAAUAGCAAUCAAAUGAAUCUGACAAA